CUUAGCGUGCGGCUCAAUGCAGAGAAAUUCGGAGCCGCACCCCACGCCCCGGCUGGAGCCCUGACCCGCCCCGCCCCAAUCCGCAGCAGCAUUGGAAACACAGCUGAAGGAAGCCGAUUGCUGCUAGUUUCAAAUUGGCUGGGAAGGAACAAUACACACAACCACACACACACACUGGAUUCCGUGUCGCUUCUCUUUGAGAGGGGGGGAAGAUGAGCUCGGGGGACGUUGUUUGCACUGGCUGGCUCAUCAAAUCACCCCCCGAGAAGAAACUGAAGAGAUAUGCAUGGCGGAAGCGCUGGUUUGUGCUCCGCAGGGGCCGCAUGAGUGGGAACCCAGACGUUCUGGAGUACUACAGAAACAACCAUUCAAAGAAACCCAUUCGGAUCAUAGACCUUAACGAAUGUGAAGUGCUGAAGCAUUCAGGGUCCAUCUUCAUCAAGAAAGAAUUCCAGAAUAACUUUGUCUUCAUUGUGAAAACCACCUACCGCUCCUUUUACUUGGUGGCGAAAACGGAGGAGGAAAUGCAGAUAUGGGUGCACAACAUCAGCCAGAUCUGCAACUUUGGACACUUGGAAGAUGGCACAGAUUCUGUGGAGAGCCUGUCUCACACCACCUCGUCCCUCCAGCCCUCGCCAGCUGUCUCCACCCAUACCUCAAGGAUCACAGACCCCUCCUCCUCUGUAGGCAGUGCCACCACAGACGCCUCUACUUCCGAAGAGACCAGGAGUGAGUCGGAGUCAGUCUUCCUCCCCGAUUACCUCUUCCUAUCAAACUGCGAGACGGGCAAGUUCAAUCAUAUCAGAUGUGACAGCUGGUCGAAUUCUGACAGAUCCCUGGAGCAGACCUCAUCAGAUGAUGUUUUCGUGGAUGCCUUGCAGUCUCAACCCUCCCUUCACGUACUGUCAUCCAGCAACGGCAUUGUGCACCAGGAUGGGGGCCAGCCAGCGAAUCAUGGGAUUAUACCCAGAAGCAUAGACGUUAGCGGGCCGUUCAAUGAUGUCCUCUCCUCCUCUCCACUCUUAGGGCCUCCUUUAACACCAACCUUUCAGACUGACAAAAGCCAGACUGCGCUGCCCUAUGGUGUAACCGAACUGGAUAUUUUGUCUAACACACCACCACCCCGGCCACCCAAACCAACCCAUUUCUCAGACCGGAGCGGGGAGGAGCUAUCCAAAGGGGCUCUUCAGAAUGGACACGGUGGGAUCUGUGGGGCUCAGAUUGCCUUGGUGCCGAGAAGAAUCUCCUUGUCCAGUUUGGAUAAUAUGCGGCACUGGAAAGCCGGCAUGGAAGGAAGCUCUCUCAGAAGUCGAGAUAAGAGGCUUAGUUUGAAUUUGCCGUGUCGAUUCACCCCGCUCUACUCUUCAGCAUCGGACAAUACAGAGGACAGCUAUGUACCCAUGCACCCCAGCACCUCUCCACCCAUCCCAGGACCAGAUUGCUCACCCGAUGGCUACACUCCCAUGAGCCCAAGCUCAGCGACCUUUACCUUUCCUGUAGUCACCAAUGACAAACUCUCCAGCCCGCUGCCGGAACUUCCCACAGACCUGGAACCACCUCCAGUGAAUCGAGAUCUCAAGCCCCGUAGGAAAUCACGACCCCCUCCGCUGGAUCUGAGAAACCUCUCCACAAUCCGGGAACACGCUACCUUGACCAGGAUGUGGACUGUGCCUUACAAUCGAACGAGCUUUAUCUCUCCAGAUAGAGACGGUAUUAAUUCAGCAAGAAUAUUUGGCAAUUCAGUUUCCGGAGAAGAGGAAGAAAGUUACAUUCAAAUGGAGCACAGCCAGGCAACAUCUCCAUGCAGUGGUGCUUUCCCAUGGUCAAGGAAGUCCAACCUUGAUUACUUAGCAUUGGAUUUUAAUUCCGCUUCCCCAUCCCCUGUACAAAAGAAACCUUUUCUCUCGGAAGAGCAGAGAGUAGACUAUGUCCAGGUAGAUGAACAGAAGACUCAAGCCCUACAGAACACUAAACAGGAAUGGACAGAUGUGAGGCAAUCUAAAGUUUAAAGGAGGAAGGGUUGGGGUUUGGUUUUUUGCACUGGAACAACAUUGUUAACCAAACAGCUGUAACAGCAGAGUUCAAAGGCAGACAGAGUGUAAGAUCCUGGUGAUCUCUAGAGGAAUGACAUUUUUAAGGAAAAACCUUCAAGUUCAGCUGGAAAGACUAUGUUGAAUGAGUGGUUUAUAAGAUUAUUAAAGUAUCACCUUAGUCUUCUUUGCCACCCCUUGCAAGCAAGUUGCAUGGUACAGUUUUAUGGCCUGAUUGUGGGAGCCACACAUUUAAUGGUAACAAAUGCCACUACAUGUUGCAUUUAUCUAUUUAACCCCGCCUUCUCCCUGUAUUAGGUAACUCCUUGUUGCUAAGGCUGUUUUUUGAUAUUCUACAAAUACUGCAGGUGCUAAGGCUGCUUAUAGAUUCUGAUAUCAGACAGGUGUUGGUGAUUAUUCGACCAAGGGCUAAAAUACUGAAAUAAUAAAAAGCAGAACAUUUUAAUAUAUAUAUAGUGCUUAAGCAAACAGAAUUUUGGAGAAUAUUUCACCCCCCCCCCAGAUAUAAUGUCUGACUUUGAGUGACACUGUUAGAGACUAUAAAUAGGUCUUUGCACUGAUGGAACUGGAAUGCGUGGUAGUCAGCACCCCGACUGACGUUCAUCAUAUUGAGUUUCUUCUUUCUGUUGCGGUUCACGUCAUCACCUUUUCCGUCCAAUUGCUCCCGAUGUUUUCUCUCUCGUGUGAGGACUUUCUUCAGCACAACACAGCAGCUCCUCUGACAGGAAGCUGCUGACACACAAUUCUUUGCUGACCGAAAAAUAAAAAAAGGAAGACUCUGCAAGUCUUGGAAAUCCUGGCAAAAUAUCAAAACUGUUUUUGUCCGAACUGCAAAAGAAGAAAUGCAAAUGAAAUUCCUGAUAACGGUGAUCGACCCCACCUGAGUGUUUUGUUAGCCUCAUCCUAGCAAAUGAGAUAAUUAGGAAACACAGUCUUAGUCGGGCACUCAGGUAAUAAUGAGGGAAGGAGCAUUGUUAGGCAAGCAACUCUGCCUAUGUAAAACAGCCACUUAAUACACUUCAACAAUGUCAAGACAUGUAUUCAGGAAGCUUAUCUCCUUUGGUGUUUAUUAUGGGGACAAUCUCAGGAUCAGAUAAGUGUAUGUUUUAUAAUGUAUUUAACUUUGUGAAUUUGCUGAAAAUCCUUAUUUCAAGAUGUGCACAGGCAGUUCAAAUCAAGAAAGUGCAGCACCCUCCAGCUAUCCCAUUGGGUUCAGUCUUGAAGUCUUUACUUAUGCAAGAGAUCCCACUGGCUUUACCGGGACUACUCUUGGGAGCAAGGACCUCAGAAUCAGGAACUUUAUGAAGGAUUUUCCUUCAUGCUGGAUCCAAAUUCACAUUCCUCCUCCUCAUCCCUGCUGAUAUCACACUAUGUUACUGUAAAUUAUUGACAUCCAAAAAAUGCUGAAUUACCAAACUGGGAUUAGAAAAAAUGUUGUUUAUGUCAAAGAAAUGACUCUGACAUCCUUUCAAGCUUCUGUCGUAUGUUUCAUGCAUCCCUUAUUUUGUAUUAUUGUCACACAUUUGGGCCCAUAGGAAGAUUGAAAGCGAUGACUACCUGAUUCUCACUGUACCGCUAGAAGAGGGCAGCUUAGCUGAUGAAAACAUCAUUUUCUCCUACCUCAAGAUAGCUGAAGUGUUUGUAGUUCUUGCUACUUCAUCAGAGCAAGACACAUUUGUGACUCUGCGAUGAAUGUUUGCUCAGUUUUGCUAGUGAGAAUGACAGGGUUUACCCGUGCAUUUAUUGACUUGGGGGCAAAUCACACAUCCCAGUCUGCAGGCACCAAGUGUCAUGGAUUAGAGCUGUUUGGAAAAUGGGGUGUUUCUGCCUUCUGCGGAAAAUGUUGACUCUCCCUCCCCCCCAAAAAUGGCUGAAGAAUGCCAAUUUUGCCCAGAAAAGUAUAGACAAAAGCUCAAUAUUUUCUGCAGAAAGCUCACUUCUAGUGAAAAUUUUUAAUUUUGUUGAAAACCCAAUUUUCUGUUGAUAAACAGAUUAGAAAAAGGGAAAUCUUCAACCAGCUUUAUCCGGGAUGCAGUUUUGCUGCACGAGAGGCAGGAUUCAGGGAGCCUGCCUGUGCUCAGUGGUACAGAGCACACUUCUGCGGAGGCUGGCACGGAGGUUUGCCUUCCUGCCCAAAAGCAUUCCCUUUAUUUUGAGGAGGUAGGCAAGAUAGCAGCCUGUGUCUAUUGGGCUAUGCAAAUGAUCAGUGGCUGAAUGUGCUUUGUGCGUACUGAAAUACUGACAAGGAAACACAAGACCAGGUGAGCUUUACAGCAAGACAACAGAACCCUAAGGAGCAGGGAGAGGUACAAGUCACAGCAGGCGCUACCCUAGAAGUGGGAAUUAAAUUGCAUUACGCUGCCUUGGCCCCCAAAUGCUUAGUGAUAGCAAGGUAGCGUCUCAGUCAUUUUAAAUUAAAACUUUAAUAAAAAACAUUCUGUGUUUUACUGGAAUAUGUUCUUCCAUGAUGUAAAAAAUACUCUGGAGCAGAAAAAUACAAAGUCAAAAGUUUUAAGGAAAAAUAGAGGGGGGCUGUUUUUCCCCACUGUUCUUCUUUGAAAUAUUUAAACUUUGGCAGAUGCGCUGAAGGGUCACUGAGGAGUCUAGAAGGUGUCUUUUCUGUCAGUGUUUCUGAGAGAUGGGCCUGAACCAUAAACCUGGAUCUGAAUAUCCCUGAAUGUGGGUCUAUAUCUAGUGUCAAUGUACCUCCUGCCUGCCACUGGUGCCACAGCCUGACCCUGCAGUUGUUGAUCAAACAAGGCCGUGCUGCUUUUAACCUUCACUUUUUAUCCAGAAACUAACUUUUCCCCCCAUGAUCCAGUGUAGCAAUCCAUUUCCCCAGGUCUAUGUGGUAACUCUCAUUGGCAUUAACGUGUGGGUAUAAUGUGGGGAAGUGCAAGCAACUGAGUUUGGGUUUUGGUGAAAGUUAAAAGCAGUGCUGAGUGCACCUUGAUCACAAUGAAAUGUGUCUUUGCAAACAAGUGGGUUUUUCCUUUUUACUCAAAUGGAGAAUUCUACAAUGUGACAAACUAGAGUAAUGGUGUUAUUUUUCAGUACACUUGUGUGUUAACCAGUUAUUGUUCAAGGUUUCAGUCUGAAUACAGUUGCACUCCCUUGUAGAUCAGCUAUUCCAUCAUAGAAUAUCAGGAGAAAAACGGUAUUACAGUGAAAGAAGGAGCCUGUAUUUAUUUAAACACACUCAUCACUGACCCUCAGCCAAAAAGGAGAAAGAAACUGAAAAGCACCUGGAAAUGGAUUUAUCUUUUAACAGUGACACAUCUUAAGUCUCUAAGGUGCCACAAGGACUUCUCAUUGUUUUUACAUCUGAAAAUGUUAGCUUGUCUGAGAAUCCUUCUUUAGUACUAAUUAGUGAAUCAGCCAAACCGCAGCUUAUUGAAGCACAGAAUGCAUCCUUCCUUAACCGGGGCCUAAUUCUUUAUUAUUUAGUUAUUUUUAUUUAUUUAUUUUUUUAAAAAACAAUAAAGAAUAGAGAUGAAGAGGGAGGUGUGGCCCUCGGUGAGGCAGUCUAGCUAACAGCAACUGCGGCUGUAGUUUCUUUUUAAAUUGUCUUUUGGGGGGAAUCUGCUUAAGGCAUGGUCCAGCAUGCGUCCUUCAGCAGUGCCUUAUCCAACCACUCUUUUUUAUUUAAGCCAGAGGGAAGCAUUAGACAACUCUAAUACUUUUGUUUAAUUAUAAAUGUAGCUUGGUUCAGUGGAGCAUUCAGAUGAAACUCAGUAGCAUGGCAAAGUGAAAAGUAAACAAGGAAAGUGGUUUUAGUCCAUGUGUUUCUCAUGAGAAAUCCACGUGGUUGGAAUGUUAUGUUGAUCAGUUGGAUUUUCCCAAACUAUUGGGGACACAGCCGAUUUAUGAGCGAGAGCUUUAAUGCCUACUCAUCGGAAAAAGGAAGACUGUUUCCCCUGGUGUCUUCCUUUGCUAUACCUUAAAGAGGCAGGAUCCCAUCUAACCAGGCACUCGGUGCUCUGAAGAAUCUGCCAUCCCAUUUGUAAAUCUUUGUUAGCGUGAGCUGAUCUGCCUCUGGGAAUAGCAGCCUGAUACAGAAUGGACCGUACGAUUCUAACUUUUUAGUGCAGGUAUUUGGGCCAGACCCCGCUGUUUUUACUCAGACAAAACUUCCCCUGACCUCAGUAAAGAUGGCAGAUUUGAACUGUUGUUUCUUAAUUUCUGUGAGUAUGUCUGCACUGCAGCUGGGAGGUGUGGGCAGACAGGCUCUUGCUAGCUCGCUAAAAUAGCAGUGUGGAACUGACGGCAGCUGAGGUUAGCCAUCGGAACCCGGACCCGGGGGCAAAUGGCCUUGGACUUGGGCAGCUAACCUGAGCUGCUGCCCAUGCCGUAGCUUCCACACUGCUGUUUUUAGUGUGCUGCCUCAAGCUGAGCUAGCACAGGUCUGUCUACCUUUGCUGGGAAUCACACCUCCCAGCUGCAGCAUAGACAACCCCUGUAUGCUACAAUACAACACGGUGCUAAUUCAACAAAGCACUUGAGCCCCUGCUUAAUCACAUGCUUAAGGCCUUUGCUGAUCUGGGAGGGAUUUAAGUACUUGCUUAAAAUUAAGCACAUGCUUAAAUUCUUUUUCCUGAGUGGGGCGUAAGCCAUAUUCUGCAGUCUGUAUGUGAUUUGCGCAAGGGUUUUGCAGAACCCCAGGACCCUUUUGCUCAGAAGGAUAAAAUAUAUUUUUCACUUAUUUCUAAGGGCACCAUCACAUGCAACAGCAUUAAUUACAUUAGAGGCAGAAAUGAGCAUUAUAACUGAAAAAUCUCAACAUGUUUCUAACUCAAGAUCGGUGUUUUCAAUCAGUUCACUUCAGCCAGGGGUAGCGCUCCCUCUCUUCACUGUUGCUAGCGCUGUAAUAGAUGUGGGGUUUGGAACUGCAUUCAUUUUAAAUAAUUCAGUGAUUUAGUAAUUAAAAGACCAUCAGAUGCUGUGAUCAGAAGAAGUGCAGGGCAAUGCCUUUUCUUUAUUCCCCUGUUCUGCAGAAUUCCUCAGGUUAAAAAAAAAAAAGUCACCAAAAUAACAGACUUUUUCAAUUUCAAAGCCAGAGUAUUUGUUGUUCUAAUAAUAAAUAAAUAAAUGAAGUCUUGUGCAAACAAAGCAUUACACUUUGUAUAUGUAAAUCUUUGGAAAAGCAUUAAAACAGUCAUCUCUGGUAUGAAGGAUUAAAAGUCAUUAAACAGAGGGGAGUGACUCUGUCUUCCUGCUGUUUCAUUGUGAUGUUUGUUGUAUAUAUUUGCACAUUAAACUGUGUUCCUUUUUUCUAAUAAACUAAGAUAAAAUCUAA